CUGCUCUGACUCUCUCUGCAGUAUGUUUGCUCAUUAGUACAGCAUUGAUCCACUGGUCCUAGCACCAUGAAGUGGUUUAUAUAGCCAAUGUUUUGGCCUCAGAAACCAACCGUUAAAUCAAAUCUAAAAUUUGGGACCUUGUCCAGUGGUCGGUAGUGAUUGGUAGAUGAUGGCGGGAAGACGUAGUACAGGAAUGUGGUUGCUCUUUUUUGCAGCUGUGCUCAACUACGUCUCUGCUUCUACAGAAGUCUGCACCAACUCCCUCCUACCUGGAGCUAAAGGGGACCAAGGUGAGAUUGGAGAGGAGGGAGAUGAGGGGAAAGUGGGGAAGAAUGGACCACCAGGACUUCCAGGAGCACCAGGAGAGACGGGGCUUAAAGGAGAGGUUGGUCACACAGGAAAGAUGGGGCCUGCUGGAGAUAAAGGUGACAAAGGGGAUUCAGGUUUUGAUGGGCCUUCUGGUUUAAAAGGGAAACCAGGCACUACAUGCGACUGUGGCAGGUACAGGAAGGUGGUCGGACAGUUGGAUGUCAAUGUAGGCAAGCUGAGGAAUGCUGUCAAGUUUGUAAAGAAUGUCAUCUUGGGGCUGACAGAAACAGAGGAGAGGUACUACCUGCUGGUGAAGGAGCCCAAGAGGUUCAGGGAGGCCUCAAUGAACUGCAAGCUAAGAGGAGGCACCCUGGCCAUGCCGAAAACCAUAAACAGCAACCGCCUCAUGGCAGAUUAUGUCAGUCAGGCAGGACUGACAAGAGUUUAUAUAGGGGUGCAGGCUCAAAACAAGGACACAGAUGGAGCACACAGUUAUGUUUAUGCAGACUCCAGCCCUCUGCAGGGCUUUGCAGCUUGGAGUCAAGAGGAGGAACUGAAUUCCAGAUUAUCUCCCACCACAAACUCCAGCUGCGUCGAGCUGCUCAGCACGGGAACAUGGGGUCAUGUGGAGUGUAAUGCCACCAUGUUUUUCAUCUGUGAGUUCCCAAAAAGCAGGAGAAGAGGAGGAGGAGGAGGAGGAGGAGGAAGAGGAACACCUGCCUUAGCAUCAUCAUAAUUCAAUGAGACAUGCAGACUUGCAUGCAAAAGCAUAUACACACACAGUAUGUUUUGUAGUAGGCUUAUGUAUUGGCAAUUUAUGUAGUGUAAGGAUUUUGCACAUUGCUCAUUUGAAAAAUAAAAAGUUACUUCAUUAGAUGUCACAUGCUUUCAAAUUUAAUUCUGAACAUGUGUUAUGUAUU